AUGGCCCUGCUGUACAGAUUCGCGCAGUUGCCUGACAGCAGUAGCACGCGGGUCUUCUCGUUCGUCGUCACCAGGAGCGUGAUACGGGACCCUGAGAGAGACGUCACCAGCAAGGAGCUCAUCUGCGGCUUCCAGCGAUGGUCCGUCGCGUUCUCCCGUGGAAACAAGUUCACGUACGAGGCGCCGGCUCAGGGCAACCGGAACUACAUCUCGGUCUCGGACCUGUACAACCGAAACUUCGCCGACACGAACGGCGAGUUUCAGCUGGAGUUGUCGAUGGCGAACGUGAGGACCGUCUACAUGACCGACCUGAAGAUGCCAAGCAGCACGUUCUCGGCGGGACAAUCGAAGCCUAACAAGCUGGAAACCGAUUACUUCCCGUUCGGUGGCUUCGACUGGAACCUGGUCAUCUAUCCUCAGGGCAACAAGGAGGUGGAGGGCUACCGCGGCCACGACGCCGGCAUCAGCGUCUACCUGAUGAGGAUGAGCGGGUUCGAUCAUCGGUGCAGAGUGAAAUACAGCGUGGCGUUGGGCGAGGGCAACCGGAGAAUCGAUUCCGGCCAGCUCGAGGACCUGUCGGCCGCGGAGCAAUGCGGCCUCGGCUGGCACACGCAGGCCAAGUGGUCGGAAAUCGCGCACAAAGGCGUGCUACGGGUCUCCCUCGAGAUGAUGGAAGCUAGGACCAUCUGCGAAGUGGCGGUGCAAGCUCGAGGGCCUUCGGACCUCCCGACAACUCCCUGUUACGAUCGCGACAACCAAGCCUGGAUGAUCCAAGCCGAUUUGAACUCCGACACUGUCAGGCUGCAUUUCAUCUACAAGGAUAUUCACAACGUUCCGCGGAAUCAUUUGAGGUUGGUAGUUCUCGCAGAGAGAAUCUCACGAUUCGUAGAUUACGACGGUAGAAACUUGAUCAGUCUCGUGGCAUCGGUACCUGAGCUGGUCGGCGUAUCUGCUUCGGGACGAGGAGCCGAUCAGCCUACCGGGUGUCCCGUUCAGUCGCUACUACGUGCAAGAGUCCACGGACGAGGGCAUCAUCAUGGAGACGAAUCUCGACACGAACGAGGUGAAGGAGAAUCAUUGCCCGUUCCUCACGGACAAGGGGCAGCUGAGGAUCCGGCUGGAGUGGAACGAGAGCUACCUACUGUUCCAGGCGACCUAUCACAAGUACGACGACGUUUGCCGCAUCCACAAUCAGCAGAUGAGACGGGAGAUCAUCUCGCUGCAAGCGGAGAACUACAGCCUGGAGAAGCAGCUGUUCAGCUAUCAAAAGAGCCUGGCCAACCCAAGUCGGCGCGAUCCAGCGUGGGCAGGUCGGACAGCGGCUCGGAUUGUGGAAACGAUCGUUACACCGGCUACUAUUUGGGGUACGUCGGUCAGGCAGCGCACAAAACACGUAGGACAACUUUCUGGGAGACCCUGACGGGUCUUGUGUGCUCAUUGGGCGCUUUGGCUUCCAGGGCUGCCAAAAUGGCCACCAGACGGGGAGAGCCACUUUGA